AUGAACAAUAGAAACUUCCUUUCCGGCCUAUUCCCAAGCCUUCAAAGUCUAGAUGAUAGUAGAGGUAUAGAGGCAAAUGCUAAGACGGAUGACCAUGUGCCCGAAGAGCACAGCGAAGACACCAUUGGUAGCUCUAGACAAAGCCUAGAGACAGUUUUCUUGCGAGAACUACUUUCAGACUUCAAAGUUGAUGAUCUGUCAGAAUAUAAAGCAAAGUUAGCAGAACAGAAAUUCUACUUGAGCGAUCGGUUUGUCCAAAAAACAGGUAGACUAACCACGGAAAGUAAAAAUUUACCUGCUUGCAACAAAGAUGCAGAAGAAUUUCAGCUGUAUAACAAGAAAGUGCGAAGGGAAUAUGCUUUGCGGAAUAAAAUGGAUUCGCUGAUUCAGCGGCGAAUCGCGCAGCCGCUUGAAGUAUUGAGCUCGGAGGACCUUAGCACCCAUUUUAUGGCAGGUAAAGAAAACACUUUAACAAUACCAGGAAUUGCCAAAACUCGCCAACGAAUUGCUAACUUAGUGACUUCGCCACUGAAAUCCCCUACUCCUAUACCUGAACUUUUGCUCUCUAGGAGUCACUCUUAUGAUACCCAGAUUAUCGAUAUGGAGAGAAAUCUCAACGGAGUCAUUGAUGACCGACAGCCAGGAACAUAUGAAUACCAUAAGACGAGCUCUAUUUCAUCUGCCCUAUCCUCGAGCGGCAUUAGAAGAAAAUUACCAAAAUUACUAUCGUCUUCUAAACGUGGCUCUAGAGACGUUUAUUUUGUACAAAGAAAGCUGGAAAGAAGGCACUUGCAAUCCAUUGCUAUUGGAGCGGCAAUGGGGGUGGGACUUUUUCUCAAUUCCGGUAAAGCACUUUCAAUUGGUGGUCCUUUGGGAUUUCUCAUUGGUUUCUCAAUAUGUGGCAGUAUAGUACUAGCCACGAUGUUAUCAUUUACUGAGAUGGCCACACUAAUCCCAAUAUCAACCGGAGUCUCAGGCUUGGCAUCGCGAUUUGUCGAGGACGCCUUCGGAUUUGCUUUGGGCUGGACCUACUGGCUUACAUAUGCUCUCACAUUGGCUAAUCAAAUAGUUGCCAGCAACUACAUGCUAAGCUACUAUGGGAAUAUGGAUAUGUUUCCCGCUGCUACUGCCGGUUUUGUUACACUCUUUCUUGUUGUCUCAAUCGCAGUGAAUUUGUUAGACGUUCGGAUUUUUGGAGAGAUUAUUUACGGCUUUACAUUUUUCAAAAUUGUCAUAAGUACGAUGAUGAUUAUCGCCAUGAUAAUUUUGAACGCUGGAGCUGGUCGUCGUACACAUCCUCGGGUCGGCUUCAGGUAUUGGGAUGCGUCCAAAUCACCAGAGAAUUUGACUUACGGUCUAUUUAGGCCGACGUUCGAUCUCCGCGACACUGGAACUGGAAGUCUUAACGGCAUUGCUGGGGCAAAAGGGCGGUUUCUUUCAGUUGUGCUGGUAAUAAUCUUGUCCUCGUUUUCUUACAGCGGUGUUGAGGUUGGUUUUGUAGCCUGCGCAGAAGCUAUCAAUCCAAGACUUUCACUGCCCUCAGCUACUAAGAGAACAUUCAUAACUGUUGUGAGUCUUUACCUCAUCUCUAUUUUCAUGAUUAGCCUGAACAUUUAUAGCGGAGAUCCACGAUUAUUGCGAUACUACACAUCCGCUGCGCUUAAUACGUCAGACACCGCAGUUCCCGCUUUCAAUACACAUUGGCAAAUAGAUCAGAUUUGCACAAGUCACGAUGCUGUUGUCACGAACGGUUUCACAAGUGGUAGUCAAAGCCCUUGGGUGCUGGCGCUAGAGAGCUUCGGACUCUGUGCCUUCUCGUCAGUGUUCAAUGCAUUUUUAGUGAUGUUUGGCGUCUCCUCUGGAUUUUCAUCGCUCUAUGCCUCAAGCAGAACCUUGUAUUCCAUGGCUACUCAAGACAAAGCACCAUCUGUAUUUAAAAGGUGCACGAGCCGAGGAGUGCCAUAUGCUGCGGUUACGUUCACUGGACUGUUUGGUGCCCUAGCAUACUUGGCGCUAAACUCUAGGUCUCUUGAGAUCUUUCAAGCUUUGGCAAACAUAUCUGGUGCAACCAUUUCUAUUAUAUGGUUAGGGCUAAAUGUCUCCUUUCUGCGAUUAUACUACGCUCUAAAGAAGCGACCGGAUAUCAUAUCCAGAGAAGACCCCUCGUUUCCGUAUAAAUCGCCGUUCCAACCGUUUACAGCGUGCUACGGACUUUUUGGAUCCUCUUUAAUUGUGCUCCUUAUGGGAUUCUCUAACUUCCUACACGGUUUCUGGAGUACUAAGAUGGUAUUCUCGUCUUACGGGGGCGUGAUAUUUUUCGUAGUCACUUUCUUUGGAUACAAGCUAUUGUCUAGCUCAAAGCUACAAAGACUUGAUCAGCUUGAUCUGGACACAGGACGCCGCGAAAUGGACCGCAUGCGCUGGACUGAGCACCGAGAAUACUCAAAUUCAUGGCGUGAGAAGAUCUUGAAACUGGUCACGUGGAUGAUAUAA